AAAAACAGAAAGGGAAAGGAGAAGAAGACAAUAUCUACUGCCACGACCCCUUGAUUGGUCCAUAUGAAUGUAUAUAGACACGGUAUGGGAGGUUACAGGCUGACCCUUCUUUGGCUUGUACUCAGCUCCCUAAAACUUGCCAUGUUCACACAAGUUCUUGAAUUCUAAGCACAUACCUUUUCUCCUCAAAUCUAUCCCAGUUUGAAACUAUCAGAGUUGUUUUCCGGUGAAGUUGGUAUCUGGGUUACCAAGAAAGAGAUUUGUCAAGUUUUUAACUCAGUGAAGUAGGUGACUGAGUGUAGUGUAACUGUUCAAGGAUUGUUGGGAUAAAAAGGUGAGUUGGAUAUUGAGGACCUGAUUCAUUGGUUAAAACAUGAAGGGAGCAUCUCUAGUGGCUAUUGCUGCUUGCGUUGGUAACUUCUUGCAAGGAUGGGAUAAUGCUACCAUUGCUGGCGCUGUCAUUUACGUCAAGAAAGACCUCAAGUUGCAAUCGAGUGUGGAAGGUCUUGUUGUGGCCAUGUCACUUAUUGGAGCCGCUGCUAUCACAACAUGCUCAGGACCCAUAUCAGAUUGGAUUGGUCGGCGUCCAAUGCUAAUAAGCUCAUCAAUUCUCUACUUUGUCAGUGGUUUGGUAAUGUUUUGGUCACCCAAUGUUUAUGUCUUGUGCAUAGGAAGACUGUUGGAUGGAUUUGGCGUUGGUUUAGCAGUUACUCUUAUUCCACUCUAUAUUUCUGAGACCGCCCCAUCAGAUAUAAGGGGAAUGUUAAAUACUCUACCUCAGUUUGCCGGUUCAGGUGGCAUGUUUCUGUCGUACUGUAUGGUUUUUGGGAUGUCAUUGACAACUUCACCUAGUUGGAGGAUGAUGCUUGGAAUUCUUUCCAUUCCUUCUUUACUAUAUUUUGUACUCACAGUGUUUUACUUGCCUGAAUCUCCUCGAUGGCUUGUAAGUAAAGGAAAGAUGCUUGAGGCAAAGCAGGUUCUCCAGAGAUUGCGUGGCAGGGAAGAUGUUUCAGGCGAGAUGGCUUUACUGGCUGAAGGUCUUGGUAUCGGGGGUGAAACAUCCAUAGAAGAAUACAUAAUAGGGCCUGCUGAUGAAGUCGCUGAUGGUCAAGAACCCAUUGUUGAUAAAGACAAAAUCAAGUUAUAUGGACCUGAAGAAGGCCUUUCCUGGGUUGCUAAACCCGUAACUGGACAGAGUUCUCUUGCUCUUGUAUCGCGCCAAGGAAGCAUGGUGAACCAAGGCGUGCCUCUUAUGGACCCUCUUGUGACUCUUUUUGGUAGUGUUCAUGAAAAGCUCCCUGAGACAGGAAGCAUGCGGAGCAUGCUUUUCCCUAAUUUUGGCAGCAUGUUUAGUACAGCAGAACCUCACUUUAGGACUGAGCAGUGGGAUGAAGAGAGUGUACAAAGAGAAGGUGAGGGCUACACAUCAGAGGCUGGUGGUGAGGAUUCUGAUGACAAUUUGCACAGUCCACUAAUAUCACGCCAGACGACAAGCAUGGAAAAGGAUAUGGCCCACCCAACUUCCCAUGGCAGUGCUCUGAGCAUGAGACGGCAUAGCAGUCUAUUGCAAGGAGCUGGGGAGGCAGUUGACGGUACUGGCAUUGGUGGGGGUUGGCAGUUGGCAUGGAAAUGGUCCGAGAGAGAAGGUGAGGAUGGAAAGAAGGAAGGGGGGUUUAAAAGGAUUUAUUUGCACCAAGAGGGAGUUCCUGGAUCCCGACGCGGGUCUGUUGUUUCACUUCCUGGUGGUGAUGUUCCUGUUGAAGGUGAGUAUAUCCAGGCUGCUGCUCUGGUAAGCCAGCCAGCUCUUUAUUCAAAGGAGCUUAUGGAUCAGCAUCCAGUUGGACCCGCAAUGGUUCACCCAUCUCAAACAGCUACAAAAGCUCCGAUAUGGGCCGCUCUGCUUGAACCCGGAGUUAAGCAUGCUUUGUUUGUUGGGAUGGGAAUUCAAUUGCUUCAGCAGUUUGCUGGUAUAAAUGGAGUUCUUUACUACACGCCUCAAAUUCUUGAAGACGCAGGUGUUUCGGUUCUUCUUGCAAACUUGGGCCUCAGCACAAACUCUGCAUCAUUCCUUAUAAGUGCAUUUACAAACCUCCUUAUGCUUCCAUGUAUAGGAGUAGCGAUGAAGCUUAUGGAUAUCUCAGGGAGAAGGACGCUCCUACUUACCACAAUUCCUGUGCUGAUACUUUCCCUCGUCGUCUUAAUUAUUUUUGAACUAGUGACUGUGAGCGCAAUCGUCAGUGCUGCAAUCUUAACUGCCUGUGUUAUCAUCUUCAUCUGCUGUUUUGUGUCGGCUUAUGGACCAAUUCCUAAUAUCCUCUGCUCGGAGAUCUUCCCGACAAGAGUCCGAGGCCUCUGCAUUGCCAUUUGUGCCAUGGUUUACUGGAUUGGAGACAUCAUUGUCACCUACACACUGCCUGUGAUGCUAACUUCCAUCGGCCUAGUUGGUAUCUUCAGCAUUUACGCCGCUGUGUGCGUCAUCUCUUGGAUCUUUGUUUUCUUGAAGGUCCCAGAGACCAAAGGAAUGCCUCUUGAAGUCAUUACUGAGUUCUUUGCUGUGGGCGCAAGACAAGCUGCUGCUGCCAAGAAUUAAUGAUUCUGGAAAACUUAAAGCGAUUGCUGAUUAUCUUUGCAGUUUUAGCUGCUGAAUGUGCGACCCAACAUCUUUUUGGAGAAUUUUGCACAUUGUAAUUAAACUGAGAGUGGAUGUAUUUCAAUUAUAACAAUUAAAUUAUCAUUUUUCCAA